AUGUUGAAAGUAAAAGAAAUAACAGAAGAAGACCCCAACGCCGAGGAGGUGAUACCAAUACCAGUCCAGAUAUUUCUAUGGAGGCAGACAUCACCGUUUGUGAGACCGCGCCUCGGCAAAGUUCACGAUGCUGCUUGUCAGUCAUUUGAAAAAGUGAUUGUUCAAAAUCUUCGGUUUGGCUUAUCAAUCAGUUUAACUGAAGCAAUAGAGUCUAUACCAAGAUGGAGACUUAUUCAAGCAGCUCUUCCACAUGUGAUGCACUCAUUAGCUGCAUUAUUACACAACAGAGUGAAGGACAAUAUGCAAUCAUUAGCAACUAUAGAAACAAAACUUUUAUACACACUGCACUGGAUUAUACUUGAUGCAUCUGAUGAAUGUGCCGAAGCUGACUAUGAGAAUGGAAUAUUCUAUGCAAACCCUUUUCAUUACUUAUUUACAAUACCUGCUUUGACACUCUUUGUUUUUCUGUUUGCGCCACUUUCACAUCAUUUGAAGGAGUCAGACUUCAGCAGCAACUUCCGCUUAGAGAACGGCCUGAAGAUAUGGCAAGCAAUGUGGGAGUUCAGACAUCCCGACGCGCCUUGUUUCACUACACACGUGAAACCCAAACCCAAACCUCUUGGUGGCAAGUAUUCCAAGAGGCAUCAGCCAGGCGACGUGUUUAUGGGGCGCAAGCUAUCAAAAGAGGAAGGCAAUAAUGUGAAUGGAGCUAACAGUCCUCCAAGCCAGAAUAUAUCUAUGACGCAAUCUGAAAUGACAUCUAAGCAAGCUAGCACUGAAGAAGAACCUUGGUUAUCUUCACCUAAAGACACUAUAUUCCCUGAAACGAUUCCUGAAGAGAGCUCCAGCACUGAAGAGGAACAUGUGUUUAUUUACCGCCUACCUUCUGAACAAAAUUUCGGUGGAGCCAUAAAAGAAUAUGCUGUGUAUACAGCCAACCCUGAGAUAUUUCAACCACGGAAAACUGACGCAUCCAAUCAACCCUUGCCGGGUAUCAAGCCCUUACCACAGAUUACCAAGAUGAGUUCGUCAGAUAAGGAAUCACUAUCAGACAGUGGCGGCGGCGGACCGGGACCUAAAGGUACACCUACAGCUGAAAAACUGCCUUUUGCAAAACAGGGGCAUGUAUCAGCAGCUACAUUUUUAGACGUCGCUACACUGCGGUGUUUAUUUACGUCACAAUGGCAAGAAGAAGGCGUUUACUGGGCUUUACACUAUUUAUAUAAUAGACUGCGUGAUAUAUGUGACGACAUGUCAAAACAAACUCAACCAAGAAAAAGAAGUAAUUCCUUACCAAUACCUAAAAUUGAAGUAUCUCUUUACCAAAGCCAAGAUAUGAAGGAAAGAGAAUCACUAAAAAACUUCAUAGAAAUUCCAGAAGUAAAGGACAUGUCGCCCAUAACUGAAAUGCCCUUCCCAUCACCUCCAAAGAUAGAAGAAGAGAACCUCAUGACAAGAAGGUCCAGCGAAAAGAUAAAACGGAAAAUGAAGAUGGCGGAUUUAAAAGCUUUUGUUGAAACAAAACUUCUAUCAAAAUCGGAAAAAGCGCUUGAGAAAAUUGGACACGACGACAAGUUUUCGUUUCAUACUGCAGAAUACCACCGGAGUUUAGACAAUACAGAUGACAGACCUAAUUCUGCACUAGCCAGCAACUUCCCUCCUUUAGCACCAAGGCUCACUGGUGAUCUAUUCCAUUGCAACCUCAUCAAAGGCAAAAGUAUGCCCAGCCUAAGAUACAUCGGAGAAGUAAAAACAGAGAGAGCUCAAGGCGCAUCUAGUACAAUGCCUGUCAAUUUCGUCAAGAAAAAGAAUCCUAUUAUAACUGUCACAGAACAUACACCUGCACCAUCACCAGAUUAUCUUUCAAAGACGAGACAGGGUUCGCUUGAAUCACAGAUAGACUCAGUCAGUAUGCAAGGUUCUCAACAUAUUCCAACUCCAGAACGAAAACCUAGUCUCACGAGAUCACAGACCGACUCAAACAUCACAUAUGUGGUAGAAGAAAUACAGGAGGCACCCGGCUCGAUACAUUACAUAACAAAAGACGGUGAUAUCGAUUUUCAAGUUAUUCUAAAGGCUGUGCACUCUGUAUCAACAAUGGAUAGUUUCUACAUUACUCUUCGUGUUAUGGAAGUAAUGUUGAACUUAGUAGACACACUCAUGGAAAUUGGUGUACACAAAAAUUGGCAAAAUAAAAACAUUGAUGAGACUCAACCAGGCGGUGUAGACCCUACAGCCGAAUUCAAUAAAGAUAAGGAUAGCAAGGAAAGGGAUUCCGGCAUACCUUGCGCUCAGAGCCAAGAUUCAACAAACAUAGACGGAGAAGCCAAGGACAAAUCAAAGGAAGAAGAAAACCUAGAUUGUCCAUAUUAUAUGAUUAUGCAAAUUAUAUUGAGAUUAUUGCGUCAAUUAGGCUGUUCGCACGGCUGCACCUCAGCGCUUCGCGGUCCUCAGGCAGAAUGUCUACGAGUUCAGGCUCGAAACUCCUUGCGCCAAUUACGUUCUGCCUCCAUACCUAAAUUCACUAUGCGAUUAAAGGAAAUGACCAAGUAUUCGCCCAUAAGAGAGGUUCUUGACAAUUUGCACGCAGCUGUUGGUUUCUGUGCAGAGCCGUCUACUUUGGUCUCUCCUAUGAAUCAGCAGAAACGGGGCUGCACAAAAUCUCCUGAUAUCAGCAAUUUACAAACGGGAUAUGCCACUAAUUUCGGCGCCGGUCAGGGUCCGAACGCCAACAGGGCAAUAGAGACCUUUAUUGUCGAGACAACUUUCCGUGUACUUGUUACUCGGUUCGCAUUGAUGCACAAGGAACUGAAGAUGCUUGACAAUUCGGCAUUAUAUACAGAGGUUCGUCUGUUAUUGAGUUACGUAAGAGAAGCUCAUGGUGGAGAAUUCCGCAUCGUUGCUUUUAGCGCUUUGUUGGAUACGGCUGAGAGACCAGACAGUCAACAGAAAGAUUCAAAUAUGCAGACUACCAGAGUGAUCAGGCACAUCCCCCGUGCGAGUGAAGAAGAACGCGGAUCAGACACGGGAGCUGAUUCAGGCUGCGCGCCUGAUGAACGCUCCCACAAAAAGUUUAAUUUCAAGAAACGAAGCACGUCUUCCACCGGCCCACAUAGUCUCCUGGAAACCGAAGGCGGCGAAGAGUCAGCGAGCCAGUCGCCGCUGUCGGUCCGCACGCGGCGCUACCAGCUCACGCCGCGCCAGUCGGAGCGCACCAUCCCGUCCGGCUCCUCCACCGACAUCACGCCGCACCACAAGAUACACUCUAAGUCUAUACACUCCAAGUUUCACAUCAGUGGCAUCGUUAACUGGUUCCGCCAAAAACCACAACAAUCUCAAUCUUUGAUACGCAAUGGCGGUGGUUCUGGCGAGUCUUUGCCGAUCUCCGGCAGCAUGGUCUCUUUGGCUAGACCGCCGCAUAUGCCACCGCCGCACACGAGCCGCCCCGUGCACGUCAAACGAAGAGUUGGAUAUACGCUCAAUAGGGCACGCAAGCAAGUGGAAGACAGGUUGAAUAGAUUUGGACUUCGAAAAAUGAGGAAGAAGAGGGAUGGUAGUAUUGAAGAUACGAGCGGUGGAUACAUGUCGCGCCGAGGUUCUGCCGAAGGCGGUUCAGGAGGUGGUGAAUCUGAAGUGGUGAUAUUGAAACGUCGUCGUUUGGUAGCCGCUGCACCGUUAUACGCGGGACUUGCGAGGUUCAAUUUUCUGUUAGACGCGACACAACCCGGAGGAACGCCUGACGCUCUUUUCAUGGCUGCAUUGUUAGAUUUGCCCCAUACAGUAGUCGUUGGAAGAGCAGCGAUUCUCUUAGAAUGUGCGCACUUAGUACAUAACUGCAACAAAGGUCAGUGGCCUUACUGGCUAAAAUCAAAUACGUCCAAAAAUGCUGUGUCUUUGAGUCCACAAGCAAGGAGACAACGUCUUGCGGGAAAAUUGUUUUAUCAGUGGGCUGAAGCUAUAGGAAAUAGAUUAGAAGAAAUGUUGAUAGAAGACAAAAAGCACAUCGAUACCGUUAUCAAUUUGGUUAAUGAGCCUGACGGUCAACGAGAACUGUUACAACAGGAUGAAGAGGAAGAUUUCCUUGAUGAAGCGAGUAUUCGCGUCCCUGGAAAGCCCAUCGGAGCUGAAUGCCCUCGCGCCUUACGAAUCAUCGCGUGCGUACUAUUAUUUGAAAUCACAGCGUUCCUUCGCGAAGGAUAUCAGAACUUACCAAAAAUUGGCCGAGCGUCACUAAAAGAAAGAGGACCUUGGGACAAAGUUUACAGGGAAGCAAACCGUCGUUGGAGCAUGGCUCUAUCGAGCAUGGGUCAUUCACAAGCGUCAGCGCAAAGUUUGCAGUCAAUAGCCGGAGUAGAAACAGAGAGAAAGAUAUCGUUUGUUUUACAUGAACCAGAGAAUGUGUCUGGCGGAAGUAAUGUAACUUUAGCGGACGCGAUACCUCCGGCAAUAGACGAUAAGAAGGGUCGACUGGGAUCAAGAGGUAAAGCAGGCAUGCAUCGCCGGAACACGCAACAAACACACUCCGCGUACGGCUCCUUCAAACGACGCUCUAUCAAACUGAGACAAAAGGACAAUAGAGAAGUAGAAGAAUCUAUUAAGAUCAACUUCUGCUUCAUAGGUGGCACAGUUAUAAUGUCAAACGAAGUUGAUAGCGGCGGUGAAGAGAGCCCGGGUGUACUGUCUGAUGACCACGAUCAUCCUCCCGACAGCCCUGACAGUAAUUCAACAGACCCACCCGACACGAAUAAGGGAUUCCCCUGGCUUAAGAUUUAUGGAGAGAAAUUUGGUCCGGAAAUAAACACUGCGAGUUCAGAAGAGGGAAAUGGAAGUGCUCGCAGAGGACGGCGCACGCGCAAAUCCUCAGAGCAUUCUGCAGAUAGAAUCGAGCGCUCAGUAAUAGAGAGCGCUGGGCUAGCGUACCGGGCGGCGGUCGGCGAGCAAACCGCGGCAAUGUCGGAUCCUGCCGCCGGUUCUCGCCCUGCGGCAAUGCCCUAUCCGCCUCCCGACACACCUGCUAUACUCAAAUAUCUAAAGGGACAGGUACGCGACGCCUACCACACUCCUCUAGCGACGCUCAUCAAAGGUGCAACUACAAUGAGCGAGGAAAUGUUCGCGGAGUGUGCGCCUGUCGCUUGGCAGCUUCUCUUGGAAUCUGAUCGUGAGCUUAGUUCGUGUGCGGCCGCGCUGUUCAUACUGGUAGCGGUAAAAGCGCCGCAUACUGCCACAGAAAUAAUGCAUAAUGAUCUGAAACAUGCUGAACCGACAACAAGAAUAAACGCCAUAUUGCGGUUCCAAGUAAUGUGGAAACUCCGCUACCAAGUAUGGCCUCGUAUGGAAGAAGGCGCCUCGGUAACCUUCAAAGUGCCACCACCAGGCAUAGAAUUCACACUACCAUCACCGAAGAUCGGCAUCGAGUCACUCGCGGUCGUUGACCCGCCGUGGAGCCCACAGGUUAAAGACAAAGAUAUGGAGAUGACUUUGAAUCAGGAGAGACAUCGUUCCCUUGUAACCGCCACCAAGACGCGCAAGAAGCAACAAACAGAGGCAAUAAAGCGGGCGUUACAACAGCGCAAUGACAAAAAGAGAGCUGAGCGAGAGAGUUUCCUAAUCACUACAAUACCAAUUACAAGACAGGCCGCAAGGGAACCUGCUUUGGAUCACGCCGCUGAUGAUCAUGUUGAACCUCCUGCAGACGAAGAGUUAGUGGAAGGUGUGCGGGGAUCUCAUCAUACUCAAGUGGCAUCGGCUCUAUUCCCUUCAACAUUAUGUUCUGCAGUCGCAGAAAUUAUAUCUCUGUUGGACGAUGCAGCCGUCUCCAGAGAUGGCUGUUCAGUUUAUGAAGUAGCUUAUCAGGUUAUAUGGUGUUGCCUCGUAGAAGACUCUGCUCUAUUUUUACGUCACGUACUCGAACGUUUGACCAGAGAUCAUCAAGACGAAAUGUUCAAGCUUCUGCGUCACUUGAUUCGUUUCAUCCCAAGAUUACCCCAACAAGCAGCGUUUGCUCUUUACAACUACAUUAUAGGAUAUGUCAUGUUCUAUGUUAGAAGUCCACACGAAGAAGGUCAAAGGCUUGUUGGAGCUGCAUUGUCAAUAUUGUGGAUGGUAGUACAUAGUGUGCACGGUAUAAUGUUUAAGGAUCUAAAGCAGAUUUUACGAAAAGAGCAGUGUGAUGCGUCUAUAUUGUUGACGGCAAACGUGCCUGCUGCGAAGAAGAUAAUUGUGCAUGGUCCAUCCGAUAACGAAGGAAGCAUACCGUCGCAAUUCCCGGUCCAAGAAGACACAGUAUUUAGCCAAAUAUUGAAAGAAUCAUUAGACUUCUUCGGCAUUCCAGAAAGGCUUCACCGCGAACAUUUUCUAGUGGAUUUUAAAACACGUCAAAUACAUAAUCCUCAAAGUUACGUCCGGGAUCAUUAUUUCUUCAAACGUUCUCAGUACCCACAGUUGGGGUUAGUACACAUGGAACCUGAUGAAGCGUUCCUUAAACUACAGGAGCAAGAGUUGUUGCAAAAGUUUGUAGAAAUUGGCAAAGUAUUACUAACUUGGGCCAUACUUAAGAAUGUUGACAUGGUUGUCCAACGUGUGGUAUUUCUACACGACGAGCUAAUGAAGCUCCCAUCGUUCCCUCGCAAAGCGCUGGAAGCUGAUCUUGUACUUUACAGCCGCGGCCCUCUCGGCUCUACCCUAUUAGGAUUGGAUGUACUACAUAAAUUUAUGUGGGUGCGUCUAAUAGCUCGCAUGUUCGAGGCCAUGGCCGGUAAUUUCACAUCGUCCCGAGACAUUCAUUUAUUUCUGAAUGUACUCAACGGUGCCCUCAUGUUGCACAGCGAGGACUCCCUGAUACUGAGAUAUGUCAUCGCCACAUACGUCAAUGCGGCAUUCAACUUCAAAAGUAUUUUCUCUACCAAUGGGUACCUACUGAUCAUGCCGACAUUACUACAGAUAUAUUCAAACUUCCAAACAAAUAAAUUAGUAACCACCACCAUAGAGUAUGCUGUAAAACAGUUUUACUUACUCAAUCGCAAACCGUUUAUACUGCAAAUGUUUGGAUCGGUUUCGGCUAUUUUAGAUACUGAUGAAGAAUCUACAUACGGAGAUGCAAGCAAGGUGCAAUCUAGCUGCUUAUUCAAUCUCCUGCUAAGCUUGGAGACUCCGUCGCCCGAUCCACUUCACAUUGCUGAACUAAUCAAAGAAGAAAAACCCUUAAAGCCUAUAGAUUUUUGUUACCGCGAUGAAGAUGAGAUGGUCAAUGUACUUGAUUGUAUUAGUCUGUGUGUAAUGGUCGUGUCAUAUUCUGCUGAGAGUAUGCGGGGAUAUCAGAUGCUGAUAAUUCUGGAAGCGAUUCUGCCUUGUUACGUGAAGCAAAUCCAACUGCCGACAUACAAUAGAGAGGGGAAGACUGAAAAGGAAAUAAUUCAGCAACUGGCCAUCGCCAUCAAGACUCUUGUCAACAACUGUGAAGGACUUUCUAAAUCAUACAACGGGCCGUACAGAACUUCUCCGGAACACAAAGGUUCGUCACAACGAACUGGACCUCGUACCGCUGCAGCUACAAUAAUAGCAUUUGAAGAAUCACACUCCAAAUAUGACAACUCGAAGAUGCCAGGAAUACCAGAAUAUGCAGGGGCUGAGGAUUCAGAAUUAGUACGUGCUGAAUACCGAAGACCACGUGAUGUAUUACUGUCACUGGUUGGCGACUUCAUUGGUCGAGCCACUUCCCGUCUCUUGGAACUGAAUGGAUCGAAAGGCAGUGGAGGUUCGGAAGGGAAACCUGUUGAACUACUUGAUUCUAAAUCCCAUGCGCGCCUCGCAGACAUAGCUCACUCUUUACUGAAGGUGUCUCCAUAUGAUCCUGAGUCUAUGGGGUGUAGAGGUCUGCAACGGUAUAUGACCCAAGUGCUGCCCGCAGCUGAUUGGGCUGACGACGCGUUAAGGCCAGCUCUUAUUAUGAUUUUGAGGAGGCUUGAUAAAGUAUUUUUAAAGAUAGCGAAGAAACCUAGUAUUAGGAGAAAUACUGAUUGGGAUUCCGCAGCAGUACUUCUCAAGGGAGUGUAUGAAACUAUGAUACGAUAUCCCUACAUAAUGCACUGGCAACAAGUCAAGACUCUUCUCAAUACAGUUCAAGCCCUAAUAGUGUCAGAUAACAAUUGCGGAGAGAAUUUAUCUUCGGCAACUGCAGCGUUAAUGUCGCAACCACCGCCUCCACACUUCUGUAGCACCGUUGUAAGACUCAUAGCGUUGCAAGUUAUUAACACAGGGGACAGUUAUUCGUUGGAACAAAUGUGUGGAGGCAGUGCUAUUUUCCAGUCUGCCGAGAAGACGGAAAACAUGUUAAUGAAUUUGUUUAUGCCACUUUGCUUACGCGUUGGGAGUGGUAGAAAAGAUGUUCCUCCACUCCGCCAAUCGGACGUGAGCUACUUAGUAUCGGUAGUUCUCAAUGCGUUAUGUCCCCCGGCCCCUGCGAACCAGCUCGCUCAAGUCAACGCAAAGCUCAACGCAUCCGACGCCCGAGCCAACUCGCUCACUUUCACUGGCAGCAGAGACACCAGAAACACUACGAGACUCUCGAAUCAACUAUAUAGGAUCGCGUUCUUAGCUCUGAAGGUGAUGUGCGCAUGCUUCACGAGCGAGCUGUGCACGGAGUGGGGCCGCAUAGCGCGCACCAUGCGCGACCUGGGGCGCCGCAACGAGGCCGCGCACCACCUCUGGGACUUCCUCGAGCACGUCGUCACCUACCGCACGCCUCUUUACAUUCUCUUGCAACCUUUCAUUGUGCAUAAGCUGUCACAACCACCGAUUGGUGACAACGAGCGUCACAUGCAGUUUAUAGUUCGUGAAAGAGUCCGAGGCCUCAAAUUACCAGCGGCCAGAGCGAGAGGGGCUUUACUCGCUGAAUUGGCGCGGGAGUUGCGGAACAUGCGAGAUACACACGAUCAGUACAAAUUUGAACAAAUAGCAGAAAAUCUCGGUCAGAGUGGUGCUAAGCGCGCAUCGGAAGUAUUCCCGCGUUCAACAACAGUUGCUGAUAAACAUCAGCAACACCGGCCAUCCUUGAUAUCCAUGUUGGUGGGUCGUGGCGGAGCUGGAGGCCUCCCACGCACACCCGAUCACCCUUCCGCACCGUUAUCAGCUCAAAGAGAAUCAGUAUCCAGCAGCUCCACGACUAGUCAACAUAUGCCGGCAUUCGAAGUGGUCACGAACAGUGGACGUUUUAGCGACAACAGCAACAACAACCUUAGUAGCGGCAACUCUAAUAUAGGGUCUAUGAAUUUUGGCAGUGGCGAUACCAAGCCAACAGCUAGUACUCCAUCGUACACUAGUACGCAAACUAAACUACGUUUUGUACCGUCUGUUGAGCUGAAGUUUACAACUGGAGAAACGUCCACGAGUCCUCUAUCCCCAAUGUCCCCGGGCGAGGCGCCGUGCAGGGAGAGCGUGAUGGGAGGUCGCGGGCGCGACUUGGACGGGCCCGACUCUCCUGAUGCGUCCGCUGGAGAACGCCCCAGAUUGCAGCGAGCGCACGGACCCUCUAAGAAAACAUUCAAAUUUCGCCGAAGCAGGCAUACUAAGCCAGAGGCGUCUCACGUACGACUGGAAUCAGACGAUGGCUCUUCACCAGGCCCAGAAACCACCCCUCUACGGCGCGCCUGGUCACAGCCACCCUUCCUUCAACCUACGUACAUCAAUACGGACACGUCCUACGACAGCGAGAUUUCCCAAACCUCCUCAACAUCGGGAUACAGGCUAGCAUUACCCUCACACAAUCAGGAGAGCUACAGCCUGCAGGCGUCGAUGACGGAGUCGCCGGGCGGCAGCGCACGCGCCGCGCUGGCGUCGCCCGAGGGCGCGGACGGGGCGGGGGCGGGGGGCGCGGGCGGCGGCGAGCGCACGCGCAGCGCCACGCCGCACGCCAGCCCCGACGCUUCUCUAAGUUACGAAUCCGGAACAUCGUCAGCUGAACGCACUGCACUUCUGGGCGCUGCGAGCCAGCGGUCACUGUUACUGAGCAGUGAAUUACGAGAUGAAGAUACUCUUCUAUAA